AACCAAGAUGGCGGAUCGUCGGCAGCGAUAGUGUUUUGUUUACAAUCGUCGCGCUUCGACGUUGCACGCGAGACGCGGUGUCGCGUCGCGAUUGCUACCGCGCGCAACAGCCCCGUUGAUCCCACCCCGUUGAAGGUGGAAAAAAUCGUAAACGCGCAAUGUGGCGCAAGCUGUUGUCGCGCGCGCUUCUGACGUGCGCGAUCGGCGCCUGUUCGAUCCUCGGCGACUUUGGGCUCAGGUACGGCAAGAACGAGUCGGCGCGCGCGGCGUUUGACAAUGCGACGCACGCGACGGUGGGCGGUCUCACGUGGACGCUGAUCGUGGUCCUCUCGCGGCAGUCGAUCGCGCGCAAUCUGGGUAGCAUAUUCUCCUGCUUCUUGCUGGCGUCCUUCAUUGAUCUGGAUCACUUUGUCGCGGCGCGCAGUUGGCACAUCCAUGAUGCCACGCAUUUACAAAAACGGCCCUUCUUACAUUGCACCACCGUUCCUAUUUUACUGUGGAUACUUUUCAUCUCACUCUCCUCCUCUUUCCAUUCCCCUCUAUUGGAACACACUUCCUGGGUGAUAUUGGCUGCCUUCCUGAGUCAUCACAUACGAGACGGUACCAGGAGAGGUCUGUGGUUCUGUCCCUUCGGAUCUACCCGUCCUAUUCCCUACUACUUAUACGGAAUUCAAGGGGAUUGCUCUUCGUUUUCUGUUUACAAUCACUCGAAUCAGAACGAAAACAUAUGUAUAUUGUAUACUACGUACGAAAGUACUCCAGAAUAUCAUCGAGAAGGUACUGCAAAAAUAAUUUGAUUAAAUUUUACAAAACACUAGUGAUCACAAUAUUUCUCUUAGAAAAAUAACAUAUGCAAGCGAGAGCUGUCUUUUAAAACAAUCUGGAAAUAUUUUAGAAUCAAUGAUCGUUGGUUGUGAUUGACACAAACCAUUACAAUUUGA